AUGGACAAAUUCAAACCAUCUAUGAGUGUGCAAGAGCAGAAAUACAUUAUGUAUGCUAUGAUUUCGGCAACGCAAGCGAUGACUGCCUUCAAUAUAACCCAUAUCGUGAGAGGUGGAUCUCUUAUAGGGUACUAUCGACAUCACGGGCGAAUGCCUUGGGAUGAAGACGUCGACAUUCUUGUUGACAGUGAGCAAUGGGAAAUCGCUCGGGAAGUCCUGUCCUGUCUGCCUGAUCUUCAAAUCAACCUAGGGCCUGAAUACAUGUGGAAACUUUUCCAUAAGGAUGCACAACUUUGGAAAGACGAAACGUUUAUCAAAUUUCCAUACGUUGAUAUUUUUCUGUACAAAUCAGACUCUGAACAUGUGUGGCCUUUAACAGUUUGGAUGAAACUAAUAACAAUGAAAAGAGAAUGGACAUUGCCACCUUCGACAGGAGUCUUCGAAGGCUGGCCGAUAUCAAUUCCGAAUAAACCAGCUAAAGUCCUCCAUGAUCUAUAUCCAGGGCGUAUUAUGUUUGACUGUUAUUCCCAAAUUUUCCAUCGUCGCAAAAGGAAAAUGGUCGCAUCACACAAAAGGGUAGCUAUUCCCUGUUCAAUGCUUCGUGGGAUAUACCCACUUGUUGUGCGGAGAAUAGAAAAAGGUAAAGUUAUCGAAGAACGAACUUUAGGGUCAAAGAUCCUGUCUACGUUCGAAACAGAUUAUCAAGGCUUUUUUGACUGA